GCGGCGCUGAAGACACGGUACCAGGAUAACAAGAAAAGUCACGGCGACUUCUACGGUGCGUCCUGUUGUGGUAAUUCGCUGACGGAAGUGGGCCGCUGUUAGCGGCGCUGGUGAUACUACGACCCGGCAGUCUGCGUGCAGCAUGAUGUCUUGCAGGAUAAUAGCCCGCAGAAUCUGCGCUAGGCGCCUUGGGGAUCUGAGGCGUCCUCCAGCGUCUGCCUUCCGGCCGUGCUCUGGCUCCAUGGGUCAUAUCGUCUGCCCUCCGUCGUACACACCGAGCUCUCUGGGUCCCUCGCUCCUCCUCUCCCGGUCCCUGUCUCUCACGUGCCGCCGGCACGAGUCCUUCAGCGUGCAAGACGCCGACGACUUCACAGAAAGGGUCAUCAACAGCAGCCUGCCCGUGUUGGUGGACUUCCAUGCGCAGUGGUGUGGUCCUUGUAAGAUUUUGGGACCCAGACUGGAGAAGGCCAUCGCUAAGCAGCAGGGCCGUGUCACCAUGGCAAAGGUGGACAUUGACGACCACACUGACUUGGCCAUCGAAUAUGGGGUGUCAGCAGUUCCAACAGUCAUUGCCAUGAGGGGAGGGAAUGUUGUUGACCAGUUUGUAGGGAUCAAAGAUGAAGCUCAACUGGAUUUCUUUGUUGGCAAACUCAUCGGACAGUAAAAGCUGGAUUAGCUUUGAUUUUCCGGCAGUGAACCCCAACACCCCCCUAAACCCCAAUCUGUUUCCUUUGCUUCUCAUUGAUCCCUUUUAACAUUCAGUGGAGAUUGUGCUCUUACUUCCCUCUUUAGUGUGGACAUGCUGCAUUUCCCCUGAGUCCCGUGUGUUAUGUCCUGUUCAGCAGAAGUGUUUGUAUGGGUAAAAAAAAAUAAAUUUCUGGCUUUGGACAAAACCCAUGAUUUAAACAUGCACAUCCAGAAAUCAGUCUGUACCAUACUCUUAUUAUAGUUGGGACCCCACUCAGCUGUUAACUGGCUGGUUAAAAGUACUACUCUGCAGUAAUGCAGUUGUGAAGUGUUUCUGCAAGUACUGAUAUUGGCCACUGGGGGGCAGUGCUUUAGUAAUUUUUGGUAAAGAGCUCAGCUCGUGGGCUGUUUAGAAAAGUAUCUUUCAUACAACAUUAUCAGGUGAACGAAACGAUGUGUGUGGGAAGUCAGUUUUUUCAUCACAGUUUUCUGUCUGUUAUUACCAGGAUAUGUCUUAUUAAGGAUUUAUUUCAGGUUUGUUUAGAAAUCCUUCAAUAAAUGGAAAACAUUUAAAAUUCAUAAA